AUGUCAGACUGCGGUGUCAUCAGCUCCUUCUUGGGUAUAUCUGCUCAGUUCAAUGAGAAAGGAUUAUUUCUCAAUCAAACACGGUAUGCUCAGGAGAUCAUUGAGAAGGCUGGAAUGCAAGAGUGUAAACCGUGCGCUACACCGGUGGAUUUAAAAUCAAAACUUGCGGAAGAAACAGGUGAUAAAGUGAAAAAUCCAACAGAAUAUAGAAGUCUGGCUGGUGCUUUACAGUAUUUGACAUUCACAAGACCGAAUAUCUCUUAUGCAGUUCAACAAGUGUGUUUGUUUAUGCAUGAUCCUAGACAACGACAUCUCACUGCCCUAAGACGAAUCAUCCACUAUAUACAAGGAACAAAGACACAAGGGUUACAACUACUCAAGAAGCAAAAGACAAUAAUGACAGUGUACUCAGAUGCUGAUUGGGGUGGCUGUCCAAGCACAAGACACUCAACUUCUGGCUUCUGCGUUUUCCUUGGUGACAAUAUGGUUUCCUGGAGCGCGAAGAGACAACCCACAGUAUCGAGGUCCAGGCAGAGGCAGAGUACAAAGGAGUUUUCAAUGCGGUUUCAGAUGCUUGUUGGAUACGUAACCUCCUUCUUGAAAUGGGAAGGCCACUAG